AUGUAUCGUAUUCAAGCUGUUUGUUUGGGACAUCAGAAAAGGAUAACGGUUGAUUAUCAAUCAGUAGAUCAAUUGAAAAGUGUCAUCGCUGCCGAAUUCGAUAAAUAUUUAGUUAAAGAUAAAGUAAAGAAAAUACCAGUGGAAUUUAUACUAACAUAUAAAGAUGAAGCAAAUGGAAACGAAGAAUUAUUAAAAGAUAUGAACGUAAUUGUUAGUAAUAAAACUAGCACAAUUUUCCCGUUAUCUGUUAAACGGAUAUGGGAUUCAUGUUGUGUAUGUUUAAACCCGUUUGGAAUUAUAUCUGAUAGUUUACCGUGUGAAUGUCAAGAGCCCGACUGUGGUUAUCAAUAUUGUAAUGGAUGCGUGAAAUCAAUAAUGGAGUGCAACAGUAGAAGAAACCAACCAUUUUAUUGCAUGUAUUGCGGCCAUAAAUAUCAUGAAGGUCCACGAAUAAAUAACCUUUUAAUAGAUCUAUUAUGGAAGCAAUUUUAUCUGAAAUAUGGUAGCGACUUAUUAAAUUCAUUACAUAUUAUGCCAGGAACACUAUUAAAUGAUAUUUCAUGUCGAAUAACUCAUGUUCAGUGUCUAAUAAAAUAUAUAAAAAAGAAAAAACCCGAUGCUUGUUCCAUUCCUGGCAAGAUCAAAUCGUCGAUCGAAUGUGGAGUUCAAUUAAACAACGAUUUGAAGGAAAUACAAAUCAUAGCGAAAGAAAUACAAACAACAGAUAGAACUGAUGAUUAUUUACAGAUUUGUUGCGACAAAUAUCGACGUCUUUUAAGUGGAAAUGACGAAGCCAAGACAAAUUGUGAACUUUUUAUUGAAAUUUGUGAAACAUUGUUAUACCACAUUGAACAAACUGAUUUUGAAACUUAUUUUCCAACAUUAAAACGGUUAAUGGCCGAUUGGGAAUAUUCGUUGAAGGCGAAAGAGAGUUUUGAACCAAAAGUUAUAAAAAUUUAUAAAAGUUUUGAAGAAGAUCUUAACGCAGUUGAGCUUGGAAAUUUAGCAUGCAGAGUUGGCUUUUUUGGCAACAUUAGCGUGGGGAAAAGUUCACUGGUAAAUGAUGUACGAAAAAAUGGCCACACCUACUCGGAUGUUUUAGAUGCAGAAAUAGCCCCGCACAUAGAAAUUAAUUCUCCGGUGAGUGUUGGUAAAAGUACAUUGUGUCAGUUGGAAUUUGAACAUCAAUAUUCAGAUGGUAAAAAUGUUAUCCUUGUUGAUAUUCAAGGAUCAACUGAUUAUGAUUCUAAUUUAAAAUCAGGAAAUUAUUUUGAUGAAUUAAGAAAAGCAAAUUGUGAAUUAUAUAUUCUUGUUUUUCAAGAUCGAUUAACAGAUAUUCAUAAAAAAUGGUAUGAUUAUAUUGUAAAUGUAUUACAUCGUGAAUGCUGGCUAGUACGAAAUAAAGUAGAUGAUUUAUUUCUUCGUCUAUUUCGAGAAGAUGUCGGUGUAGAAUUCAACUCAUGUAGUGAAGCAAAAAGAAAUAAAUUCGCAGCCAAUAUAAUUCAACGAAUCCGAGAACAGGUUAGCUAUGAUUCAAAUGGAGAAAAAUUAUCGAAUUUGUAUUUAACGUUCAGUUCGUCGGAAAUAAAUGAUUAUAAUAGAAAGUUAUCUGAAAUGCCAUAUGCAAAAUUCGAUGUUGAAACGUUAACUGAAAAUAUUAAAAAUUUACCAGUAGACUUUCGUAAAAUUCGUUUACAAACGAUAGCUAUGAACGCCGUAGCUAAAAUUAUCAAUAUCUGUUUCCGUCGUGGUUAUGUUGUUAAUGUUUUGAAAUAUAAAAUCGCUGCUGGUUUAGCUGCUAUCAUUCCGUUUGGCGAUCUAAUACCGAGAUAUUUGGGUCGGGAAGAUAUCCGUCAAGCUUUUGGAGUUAAUAAUCGUUCUCGUUUCAUGGCUUGGUGGACUGGUGAAAAAGAAGAAUUGAAAGAUUAUUUAAAAGGUUUUAGCAUUGAAAUCGAUCCAAAUAGCUUCAAAACAUCAGCACUCAAAACAGCAUUUGAACUACGUGGUACUUCGGCUGCCCCAAACGUCAAUGCGGGAGUAUCACUUAUUGCUAGACCUGCAGCAUCUGCUGGUAUCGCUGGUGUUUCUUUGACAGAUGAUGUUAUUAGAGUCGUUGGAGUUGGGGGAAUAAAUGCUGUUCGCGGUGUAUCAAUUGCUUUCAUUGUUGUCGGCGUAGGUCUUACAGCGGCUUUGUGUGCCUGGUCAGCUGUAAUGAAUGGAAAACAAAUGUAUAAUUAUCUGAAUCGGCUAUGUGACGAUAUGAUACUUAUUAGUGCACCUAUAGCCAUGAAGAUUAUUGAAAACAACGAAAAACUACGAGAACAGCAUUCAAUCAAUACUAAAUAA